UCCUCCUCAUCCUUGUUUCCUUAUUUUUCUAUAAUAAACAAUGUUGGCAGCACGUUCCCGAUUCGCCGCAACUGCAAAGCGCACUUUUGCUUCUCAAGCUGAGGCUGCUGCUUCCACUGCUGCAGCUCCCGACAAAAAGUACAAGGUUGUCGUUGUUGGUGGCGGACCCGGUGGUUUGUCAGUUUCCUCCACUUUGUCCAAGAUGCUCGGCAAGGAUCAAGUCGCCGUCAUUGACCCUGCUAGCCACCAUUAUUAUCAACCCUUGUGGACCUACGUCGGUGGUGGUUUGAAGGACUUUAGAGAAUCCGUGCGCCCCAUGGAAUCGGUUGUUCCCGAAAAGGCUGAAUGGAUCAAGGAUCGCGUCACAAAGUUGGAUCCUGACAACAACCAGGUCAAGUUGGGCGAUGGCAAGACUGUCGGCUACGACUAUCUUGUUGUUGCUGCGGGUAUCCAGAUUAACUGGGAGCAAAUUAAGGGCUUGAAGGAAACCUUGGGCAAGAAUGGUGUCACCUCCAACUACUCGGCUGACAGCGUUCAGAAGACUUACAAGUUCAUUCAGGACUUCAAAGGCGGUAAUGCUUUGUUUAGUUUUCCCGCUGGUCCCUUGAAGUGCCCUGGCGCUCCCACCAAGAUUGUCUUUUUGGCUGAAGAAGCUUUCCGUCUUCAGGGUGUUCGUGACAAGACCAACGUCACCUACAACACUGCAUUGCCCAAGAUUUUCGGUGUAGAUCACUAUGGCCGUGUCUUGCAGAAGCUUGCCGACGAGCGUGGCAUCAACCUCAACUUCCAGCACGAACUGGUCGAAAUCAAGGCCGAUGACCGCAAGGCUAUCUUCCGCAACAACACCAACCAGGAAAUGAAGACCUUUGACUACGAUUUCUUGCACGUUGCUCCUCCUCAGGGCGCUCCCACCUUCAUCAAGGAAAGCAAGCUGGCUGAUGCCGCUGGUUUUGUCGAUGUUUCCAAGACCACUUUGCGAUCCAACAAGUACAAGAACGUCUUUGCUUUGGGCGAUUGCUCCAACUUGCCCACUUCCAAGACCGCUGCUGCAAUCACCGCUGAAUCCGGUGUCUUGAAGCACAACUUGAUUGCUGAUAUGGAAGGCAAGACUAUCCAGGAGGCCGAAUAUGAUGGUUACACUAGCUGCCCUCUUAUUGUUGGCCGCGACCAGCUUAUCUUGGCUGAGUUCUCGGGUUAUACCGGUCAGCCUUUGGAAACGUUCCCUGUCGACCAACGAGCAGUUACUUCGGUUGGUCAGUACCUCAACAUGGAGAUCAUCCCUUCCAUUUACUGGAAUGGUUUGUUGAACGGUGUCUGGACCGGCCCUGCUGCUUUCAGAAACGCCAUGUCUCCCUUCCGUUCUUCCAACUAAAAAAGCUAUGGUAUAAAACCAAAAGACUGCAUUUGUUUUUCUUUUUCGGUUGAAUGCGUGUUGAUCAGGAAAUAUAAUUUUUGUCUUUCAGGGUCUUGUAUUAUUGCUAUAUUGACACACUUACAUUACACCUAUAUCGCACGGUGUACCUCAAAAUAAUUCAUCUAAAGUAUUAAAACAAAGACAUAUCCAAAUAUAAAUUAAAGGCAUUUUCUAUAUCAUCG